AUGGAUGAUAAACGAGGGAAUAACAGUAAACAAAGGAUGAAAGUGGAGGAAAAUGAUGUGGUGAACAAUGGAGAACAAGAAACACAGAAUAUCACUGGACGUGAUCAGUUAUUUGUACCAAUGUCAGCAGUCGUUAAUCUACUCCACACAGCGAUAGAAAGGAUUAUUUCAUUGAGUUCUGUGAAUCGAUCGAUUCAUCAAGUAAAGAAAGUAAAUAAAUCUACUCAAACGGUAGACGAAACUGAAGCGAUGAUUUCGACUGGGAAGUCAAUGCAUGAACAUGAAGAUGUGACAGCAGGAGACUACUUCUCCGACUAUCUUCGUAACCAAGAGCUGUACAAGGCAUUGUGGAAACCAACCACACAACAUGAAAACGCAUCCAAUGGUUCAGAAGACCAAAAAAUGAAGGAUAUCGAAGAAGUUAAUAGAAAAUCGAACUUCAAUGGAAGGCAAAUGACAGAAGUGAUGCACUAUAGCUCGAGUUUCGAUUUAAAUGGUGAAGAAGGGAUAGAAACACACCAAUUGUCGUCGUCAAUAAGACAACUCCACUGGUCACAAUCGACUGCUGAUAUGAAAGAAGGCGGUAUGGCCAUGGGUGCAGUGACUUGGAAAAGGGUGUUGAGUGAGGAAUCCCAGGACAACACAAAGACAGGCACUGCGGUAGGUUAA